AUGGGUCUAUGCGUGCGUUCAUCGAUCAACAUCCCUUACUUCCACUACGCCAUGAUCUAUCUCGACAACAUGGGCAGACUUAAGGUGAUGGAAUCUCCGUCUAUCCAGGAGCAAAAUGAGACUGUUUUCACAACCGAAGUACGUGAAAGAUUUUUGGAAAUCCUUGGUGCCAAGGUAGGAUAUCAACCGCCCAUGGUUCGAAGUAUCUAUGAUCCUCAACAACCGCUUGGUUGCUUGUCUUACCGUCAAACUAAGCGGGACAGAAAUUCCCCAGCCCACUCUAUGUACGGUGUGCCGCCAUCCGUCCAGUUCUCAGCCCCGGUUGAGGAAUCGCCCUCUUGUGGAUCAGUGGACAUGGUCGGGCUCGAGAUUGGUGAUACUCCUAAUGUCCUUGACUACUAUGAGAGAUCCUUAAAGCACUUUCGGCAGGUCAACUGUCGCCAGAUCCUAAAGACAUUCAUUAAGUUCAUUGAGCCACGAAAGCAAGCCAAGCACCCCUAUAAUGGAGGUAAACCCCCUGCAGGAGCCCCUCCUGGUAAGAAGGGCGACCCAGAGAAGACAAAGCCUGAAUGGUGGCCCGCCAAUGUGGUCCACAAGGAGCCUGACCAUCUUCGAAAGGAUCGUACGUGUAACCCUUCAGAAAAUCUUCAGUGUCAAGUAACUUUGCUGACAGACUUAGAACGCCUGUCUCUGUUAAUUCAUAUCAUCCGCAGGCUUGGAAGAUUUGGUAUCACCACGGAUCAAUUGCAGGAAAUUGCCCACGACUGCAAGCGGCGGCUCAGCGACCCCCACAAACUCCAAAUCUUGGACGAGGUCUUCAGAGUGAGAAGGAUUGAAGAACGCUACGAAAGAGGAGAAGUUGAUGCCAACAAGAUCGUAUAUGUUGUCAACCGAGAGUCGAAUCAGAAAGAGAAGGAUGGCGACUCCAACGUGGAUCCGGACCAGAAGCAUGAGCAAGAAGACGAUAAUGCGCGGGAGGCACUUCCCAUUCUCCACUCCGAGAAGAACUCAACCAGCCCGAUGUCGAACUCAGCCGAGCACACGGGCAUGGCGGCACCAAGUCGUCCAAUGAAUAUGGGAGGUGACAGAAACCAGUUGUUUCCUUUACCGGAGUGGCCGAGCUUCGGUGAGACACCCCAGGAUGAUCGAAUUUUCUUUCCCACGACCUCUAAGUAUACCGAAGAUUAUGCAUCGCAGCAGAUGCCUAGAACACCUGCAACAACAGCACUUGUCAGCACUAAUGAGACACAUGCGGCCUUUGAUUAUAUGACACAGGAGUCCAUCACCUCCUCCUCCCCAGAGCAGACUUCCCACCACCGCCAAGCACCCCUGCCCAUGCAGCACUCGGCCAGCCUCGACCCUUGGACCCCUACGUUCCGACAUAAUUUCUUCAACCCAAUGGUGUAUAGUACUGCACCCCGUCACGCCAUGUCCCAGGCUACUAUGUUAUCUCAGUUUCCCAGGUCCACGACGUCUCAUGGCCAGGAAAUGCCUCACAUGGCUCACGGCCUGCCGAACCUGCCUCAAGACAGACCUUCAAGCAUGGAUGGCAUGAGCAUGAGAGGCCCUUCUUUCCGCACAGGAUUUUUGAGUCAUCCCUGUGACCCAUCACAGCAGGCUCCUCAUUCUAGCGGAUGCGGCCAUCCUGACAGUUGGACUCAAAAUAGACCACAUGUAUAA